AUGUUUAGAUAGGGGUGUGGCAUUUGCAUUGCUUUGUGACCUUCUUGCUUGAAGAGGUGAAAAACAAAAGGCAAUUGCAAGAAGCGGCCGACCAUACUAAGUGAUCUCUAGAGCGAUGUCUGGUGAAGGUGUACGACAGCGCAUGGCAGAGGACGAACCAAAGAUUCCAGUCCCUGAGAAAAAGGAGGAUCCGGUUCCAGUGUCUCGUGCAUUCGGUGCCAUGGUAACCAACAUGGACAGUCGAUGGAAAAAUUGGUGGAUUCGUGGAAUAUUCACUUUUCUCCUAAUUGGAGGGUUUGGUCUCAUCAUAUAUCUUGGGCCCGUGUUCCUCUCUCUGCUGGUACUCUCCAUUCUGCUCAAGUGUUUUCAAGAGAUUGUUAGCAUCGGCUACGCUAAGUAUAAAGAGUAUAACCUGCCUCUCAUCAGAGUGCUCAACUGGUACUUUCUUCUGGUGGCCACCUACUUUCUCUAUGGUGAUAACUUUUUCUUCUUCUUCCCACAAUACCAGAAGAGCUGGGAAUUACUGGCUCUGCUUGCCCAGUAUCACAGAAUCAUCUGCUUCUUCCUCUACGUUGGAGGUUUUGUGCUGUUUGUGGCCUGUCUCAAGAAAGAUUACUACUCUGUACAGUUCAGCAUGUUUGGAUGGACCCACCUCACCAUGUUCAUGCUUGGAUCACAAGCGUAUCUUGUCAUCCAGAACGUCUUUACUUCCGUCUUUUGGUUCCUCCUGCCCGUUUCCAUGGUAAUCUGCAACGACAUCAUGGCCUAUGUGUCCGGUUUCUUUUUUGGGCGAACUCGACUUAUAAAACUGUCUCCAAAGAAAACUUGGGAGGGAUUUCUCGGUGCUUUUGUAUCCACCGUCAUAUUCGGAAUAUGUUUUUCGUACAUUCUUGCCAAGUUUGACUUCUUUACUUGCUACGAGUCACUGUCUGGCUCUCCUUGUGUCCGAUCAUCACUCUUCAUAAUGAAGGAAUAUAAUGUGCUUGGAGUGACCCUAAACCUCUAUCCUGCUCAGAUCCACUCUAUACCGCUCUCUGUAUUUGCUUCGUUGCUCGCUCCGUUCGGAGGAUUUUUUGCCUCAGGGUUCAAACGGGCGUUUAACAUCAAAGACUUUGCUGACGUCAUCCCUGGUCACGGCGGUGCUAUGGAUAGGUUCGACUGUCAGAUUCUGAUGGCUACUUUCUCCAAUGUCUACUAUUUCACGUUCUGCAGGAGCCCCAACCCAGACAUGCUGAUGACGUUGCUCCUCGCUCUCCCGUAUGACAAACAAAUGGAGAUAUUCGAGAGACUCAAAACUGCUCUCAGAGAAUAGCUUGAUAACUAUAAGACUGCGUGUUUUUAGUUUUGUGUGCUCAGUAGAUCACUCAGUCUCUGUAGUUUGUUAUAAGCUGCUCUAUAUUGUUCCCCUUUCCUUUCUGUAUUUUAUUGACAAUUUGCAUUGUUUAUUUUACUAUUGAUGUUUAUAAUAGUGUUUUUUAAACGCUGCUAUUGUAUUGAUUGAUUGCAGUGACUUGCAACAGAGAA